AUGGUUGUGUUUUGGAACUACCAAACGAGGGGACACUGGAAUCACGAGCUCAUUGACCUAGCUAAAAUAUACGGCCCAGUUUUUACCAUAUGGGGUGGACCAUGGCCAAUUAUCAUUGUGUGCGAUGUAGAUAUUGCCAAAGAGGCUUUCAGUAAAAGUGAUUUUUCAGGCCGCCCACCUUCUGACCUAGGUGAAAUAUUUUCCAACGAAAAUCACACCGAGAUCGCAUUUCGCGAUUACGAUAAAACAUGGGAAGCACUCCGAAAAGUCACGCAUACGGCUGUAACAAAAUACUCGCGAUUGGAUGAGCUGUCAAAUUGCGUUAACGAAGUGGUGGGCGACACAUACGACGAUAUAAUGAGCCGAUACGGCGCUAACCGGCCCUUCCCUGUAAAGGACUACGUAUUUGACCUGUUCUGCAAUGUUAACGCAUUGACCACGCUCAGUCGAAAAUUACGACCCGAAGAGAUUGUUAAAUUUAAGUACACAUCGGACACAUUUCAAACUGACCUGGGCAAUUCGCUGUUUUUGUAUGAAUUCUUGCCGAUCGCCCGAAAGUUAAUGUCGUAUCCGUUGAAAAAGUACCAAGAUUAUUUUGACCAGGAGCUGCGUUUCACCUCGGACCAAUACGAGACACACGUCAAAACUUAUAAUAACGACCAUAAGCGAAAUAUUUGCGAUUUGAUUAUUAGCGGCAAACAGGAGGCUCAGAGUCAGGGCAAAGACAUGGCCAGUCAUUUGACCGACAUCAACAUGAAAGCCACCUUGAUCGAUAUGUUUUUGCCUACAUCUGACACGACCCACACGUUUCUAUGGAUACUGUUGUACAUCGCGUACUACCCGGAGGUUCAGCGCCGUAUACGCGAUGAGAUCGAGUGCACAGUCGGCGACCGGUCGGCCAACCCGGAGGACAGGCAUCGGCUGCACUAUACCAUGUCAUACAUAUGGGAAAUGCAACGAAUCAGAAACUCGGUGCCCAUCGGGCUGUUUCACUCGGCCGUCAACGACGCGAAACUAGGUGACUAUGUGGUGCCAAAAGGUACGCCGGUUGUUGUGCACCAGUUAUCGAUACUGACCGAUGAGAAAUACUGGGACAAGCCGUUGGAGUUUAAGCCGGAUCGUUUUUUGGACAACGAGGGCAAACAAGUGACGGUCAAACCCGCGGCGUUCAUACCGUUCAGCAUUGGUAAGAGAAAGUGUAUCGGUGAACAGUUGGCCACCACUACUUUGAUGUUGACCCUGUCUAUGGGUUGUGUAUUCCGCAAUUAUAAGGGACACUGGAAUCUAGAACUAAUCAAACUGUACAAAAUAUACAGCCCAGUGUUCACUAUAUGGUUUGGACCAUGGCCAUUUGUAAUCAUAUGCGAUCUUGACUUGGCAAAGGAGGCGUUUAGCAAGGUGGACUUCUCCGGGCGACCCCCGUCUGAAUUUGGCUCGAUAUUUAGCAACGACAAGUUUGCUGAGAUUGCAUUUAGCGAUUAUGGUAAAACAUGGGAAACACUACGCAAAGUGGGGCACAGGGCUGUUAGCAAAUACGCCAAAUCCAAUGAAUUACCAUGUUGCGUGGAUGAGUGUGUCAGUGAAUUGUUAACCUUGAUAAAAGAGAGGGAGGGCGCCAACACAGCAUUUAACACAAAGGAUUACAUUCUGGGUUUAUUCUGCAAUAUACACGUGGCGAUAGCAUCUGGCCAAAAACUAAAAUUGGAUCAAGGGCAAAUGCUGAAAUUUAAGUAUUGUUUAGAUGGUUUCCAAACGGACCUUGAAAAUACCCAAAAUUUUUGUGAUCUACUCAUCACUGCUAAACACGAGGCCGAGGCUCAGGCCAAAGAGUCGGCCCAAUAUUUGACCGAUAUCAAUUUAACUGCAACUCUCAUUGAUAUAAUUAUAACUGCCACCGAUAAUGCGCACGUAUUUCAAUGGAUAUUACUAUUUGUGGCCUACUAUCCGGAAGUUCAGCGUAAAUUACGCCGAGAAAUAUCUAAUGAGCUUGGUGAUCGCCCGGUGACCACCGAGGACAAACACCGUAUGCACUAUACGAUGGCAUAUAUUUGGGAAAUUUUGCGAUAUAAAAAUUCAGCCCCUAUUGGUUUCUUUCAUCAGACCACAAAGGGCUCCAACAUAGGCAAAUACAAUAUACCAGAGGGCACUAGUGUUGUGGUACAGCAAUAUUCAAUUCUCAUGGAUGAUAAAUACUGGGACAAUCCGGAUGAGUUUAACCCUGGUCGCUUUUUGGACAACGAGGGCAAACAAGUGGUGGUAAAACCGGCGGCUUUUAUACCCUUUGGUGUCGGCCGUCGACAGUGUAUUGGCGAACAGUUGGCCACAAAUACACUGUUUUUGGCAUUAGUCCGCUUAUUACAGUUAACCACCGAUUAUAACAUAACUAUCGAUAACCCGACCACCGAUACACUCGAUGCCGAUCCCAUUAAUCUUUGGAUACAGUUUCCUAAACAGUAUAACAUUGUCCUCAAAACUAAAUAA